AUGCUUUCGGGUGUUACGACAUUGGGCAAAGAGACUGGAGAUCAAUCGGAAGGUUUGAGUAUUGUUGAACGCAUCCGACACAAGAUUUCGAGGCUUCUAUACGUGGAUUUCGAUGAAGUCGACACUGAGACACCAAUCAAUAAAUAUGGAAUCGAUAGUAUGAUAGCGGCCGAGAUUCGAAAUUGGCUUUUCACGAAGUCUGGCAAAGAUGUUUCUCUCUUAACGAUGCUUGGAGCAACCACAACGCUGACAACGGUGGCAGGAGUUGUCUCCAAAUCAUAG